CUUUAGUUGUGAAGAACUCCAUAGGAGAUAGAUUAAAGAAACAUUUUCGGUGAAUUUUGGAGCAGGAUGUUUUCCGUGAUUGCUCCUCCCAGCAUGCAGUCAGUGCUGCGCGGGCUGCGAAGUUCGCAGCUCUACUCUCUCAGCGGCGCUUCCUGUGGUGCCCCCGCGGGCUUGUUUCCCGUGGCGACUCGAGAAUUUAGCACGAAGCUGAAGCCGGCACGAGACCCCGAACGACCUAAGCUACCACUGACGCCUUACAUGUUGUAUCUCCACCAGUUCCGACAAAGCCCACCAGCGGGAAUGAAUGGCCUGGAGGUCCUGAGGUCAGCAGGGCAGACGUGGAAGUCGCUAGGCGAUCACGACAAAGCGCCUUUCAUGCGAACCUAUCAAGCGAAUAAGGCUGUGUACUACCUUUACAACUAAGACUUGUCUGAUAUGCUCGCGUUAGGUCGUCUUCUUCAGAGAGACUCUACAAAUAUUAAGGACAAGAUCAUAUUCUUAUCGACCUGAUCAAGAACAUCUUCGUCAUUGAAAAUUAUAGACCCGUGAAAUCCUUUUCGUGUAUCAACGAUUCUCUUUCAAACACAAUCUAACGAAGAACCACUACAGGGUGACUACCAUACACUUCAUGUAUCUGCAUUGCUGCAUUAAAGGUAUACCGCGGAAUUUGAAAAAUACAAAGCUAGCGGAAAGCUUGAGGCUUGGAAAAGGGAUCCGUCAAGACCGAAGAGGCCAUUAACAGGUGACUCUAUUAUGUUUACUCCAUCGAUCUUGUCGCUUCAUCGUCAAAAAUCAGUAGCUUCGUGAAUCUCAAGGUGAACCUGAUAAGCAUAGGUUUAUGAUUUGUCGCGAUGGGAAUGAAGACAAUUAUUUUUGCAGGUUACAUGCGAUAUGCCAAAGAGUGGAGGGCUCGGCACGGUUCCGGGCUGAAGGUGACAGAGGUUACCAAGAAAGCGUCCGUUGCAUGGAAGUCCUUGCCGGAAGAUCAACAGGCAAUAUACAACAAUGCAUACAAAAACGAGAAGGCAAAGUACUGAUUACAUUCUAAAGUGCCGCACUUUUUCAGCGUUCUUGCUAUAACUUUGCAACUUCUUUUUUUCUCUUGUAAACAUUAUUGCUGGCGUUUUUUUUUGGGGAGGAGUUAAGACAAGUCUAAUGGUUCAUCGGCUUAUCUAAUUGGGGAAGAUUUUUGCUCGAAUUUGUAGUGUGGUUUUGAGCUGUGAAAAGCCCACCGGAGUUUGGGGGUGGUUUCCCUCCCCUGGCCGGCUGCGGCGCGUCGCGGCUUCUUCUGUAGGGUCCAGGUUUCGGCCGGGGUGGCCUUUCUUCUUUCCUCUCCCUCCCUCUCUCGUUAGGUUUUACUCCUCCUCUCCUCUUACAAAACAACACGUUCAUCCUUAAUCCACAACUACGUUAAUCUGCUAGGCUAGUGUAGAAGCCAUCUACCUAAUAUCAAAAUGUUCCCAUUACUUUCUUCUGUGUCCGCGAAAAAUGGCCGCGCGCCCCUUGAAGAAUAGGAGGCUCUUCCAUGCCUUGCGCGUCGGGUACUUAGUCCAUGAGUAACGUAAUUUAGUAAGCGCGCGCCUUGCUUCUACUUUGCAUACGAAUGGCACUUGUCAGCAGUGCGGCCCAUCCCAUACACAUCGCGUUUUUUUUGUACCGCAUCAUUCAGGUACGACGCAGCAAUGGCAGACUAUAAGGCUAGCGGGAAGGAGCAAGCAUUCAAAGAAAAAACUGGACUCGCUGCAGCCGAACAGAAAGUUGCUGAGAAAAAAAUGAAGGUAAUACAUUUAAAAUACAAACAGUUACUACUCGGUAGGGACUUAUUUAUUAUAGCACUUCUAGGAUGGUUGUUCAGCCGCGUGGCGUAAAUAAGUAGUUUUUGUAAAUGUCUCCUCAAGAAUCUUAUACUCUUCCUGGUUUUUACCUGCCACGCUGUAUCUACAACUAUUAUAAGAACAACACCAGAUGAAAAUGAAAGCGGCGGCGGUGAAGGAAAAGGCAAAGAUGGCCAAGAUGAAGGAAACGAAGAAGAUGAAAGCGCAAAAAAUGAAGAUGCAGAUGAAGGCAAUGCAAUCAAAAAAGAAGAUGCAGAUGAUGAAGGUACUGACUAGUAUACAUUCUUCAUUUAGAAGUGUACAGUAGAGGUUCGUGCAGUAAAUUCGAAUUAUUGUAUUUUUCGACGGAGAUAUUCAUAAAGUUUCUCGUACUCCCAUCAAUUCUUCUCUUCUACUGAGAUAUAAUUAGGUUUCUUUUCCUCCAUCUGGUAUACAACACACUUCAGUCACGCGAAAAGGCAGCGAUGAAAAUGAAGAAGAUGAAGGUCGCGAAGGCUCAGAAGGAGGUACUCACAUCAUUGCAUUGUUACUAACUUGAUCAUUCUUUUCCAUCUGCUGGGAGUUGUACCAUUUAAGAGGACAAAUAAUGAAACAUGAUCUUUAUGACUACGUCUCCGUCUGUCCGUUUCAACACUUACUAGACACUGCUUGUCCACCUUCCUGGAGUUAGUUUCACGAAUGUGGAUUGUUACAAGACGUUUCUUGAUCUUCAUCACAGUUACGGAAAAAGUAACAUGAGUGACCAUCACCUUUAUCACAGCUUCGAUCGCUGAACGGUCAGGCAAAGCGACUGUCGAAGCUCGUCGACCGCGCUAAUCGUGUUAGCAUGAAAAUGAAGACGAUGAAGAUGAAGAGUCCGAUGAAGAUGAAGAUGAUGAGUAUGAAAAUGAAGAACAAAUAAGUGGUGACUAAGAGAAGGGUACAAUUCAGUUGUACUGUACAAUUAGUUGUGCGGUUCAACUGGAAAAAACGAAAGAAGUACUUAGUUUUUUCAAGAACUAAGCUAAAAUCGAUUGUUGUCGUCGUAGUGAAGCAGGACACGACGUCACGAACACGAUGCAGCACAGGUCUUUCCAAAAACACCUAAUGAUGACCACAUCUAUCUAGUACGUUGUGUAGUAUCACCGAAUCACAAUGAUUUGUAGGACGGACAUGGUUUCUGUCGGAAUUUCGAAAUUAGCAUGGGAUACAACCGGCCAUCUGAGUGGACGGUCCCUGCCCCUCAACUAGGGUUGCAAAGAAAUAUUAAGGUUUUACUCUCUCACACUUUUCAUAGUUUCGUUUCGCAUUACAAGUACACUAUGGAAAGAUCAAGAUUUAGAAAGUCGAGCAGUGAGCCGCAAGUCAAAUAGAAAGACGUGUUAUAUUUAUAGGAGGUGAUGAUAAAUAAAAGUCAAUGGAAAGAUUAGAGCUACAACGAGUUCGCUUCUGACUUUUACAUCAAUGAUUUGCGCAAAAACCUGAUGAUGAUGAAAAAGCCCGUGUAGGUGAAGGAAAGUCGAUGAAUCAAUGAUUUUGCGACUCUCAUCGCUUUUCAAGAUUUUGUGAUGAAUCAACAUAGAUAUGUCUUAGGAAUAAGUAACAAUGAGAUUACUGGAAAACUAGACAACGUGAUCCGCCCGCUUUAAGAUCAUGCCUCUCAAUCUGCAUCUGGCUGAAUACAUUUUUGUUGUGUUGAAUAGAGUCGCUAGUUGGAAGAUCAUAGGAGAUGUUUGUGGGGAGUAACGGAUUAAGAACCUUUCAGCGUUACAAUUGUAUAGAUAGACUCAUUACACCGGGAUGCGUGCAUACGAAAAUACAAUUACACGUGAAAAUUAAUCAAUGCUAUCUUGAAUACAAGGAGUUUACAACCAGGAUCAUGAUCAUGUAUGAUUAUUUUGAAAAAGAUUCCAGUUUUUACCUAUAGUUGUAAGGCGGGUUUCAUUUUAUCAGCAUGUCAGUACGAUCGACAUGAUGGAAAUUAGUUACAGACUGCGAUCGGAUGCUACCUCCGAAAAAACUGUUGUUUAUUUUAUGUAUUCGCGGGGAGGACUUGAGUUGGCAGAGUGGUGUUCAUUUUGCUAGAUUGAUGAGAAAU